GACAGGGUUCAUCCGGUAGGCAGUGAGCGCCCAGACCCCACUGGCUCACAGUGACCAUUUUGUUUGCUGUUAUUUCCACAAUCCAAACUGCGCCAGGUUCAUAAGCACCAGGAAUCGCAAAUACGCACAAACGACAUGGUCAAGCGCGUCGCCAUUGUGGGAGCUGGAGUGGCUGGCCUGGCCUCCAUCAAGUGCUGUUUGGAGGAAGGCCUGGAGCCCACCUGCUUUGAGAGGAGUGAUGACAUUGGGGGACUGUGGAGAUUCACGGAUCAUGUUGAAGAAGGCAGAGCCAGUCUGUACAAAUCCGUGGUCUCCAACAGCUGCAAGGAGAUGUCUUGUUACCCAGAUUUUCCAUUCCCAGAAGAUUGCCCAAACUAUGUGCCGAAUUUGCAAUUCCUGGACUAUCUCAAAAUGUAUGCAAAUCGAUUUAACCUUCUGAAAUGCAUCCAAUUCAAGACCAAAGUCUGCAGUAUAGCAAAAUGUCAGGAUUUUGAUAGAUCUGGCCAGUGGGAAGUGGUGACUCUGCAUGAAGGGAAGCAAGAACAGGCUGUCUUUGAUGCUGUCAUGGUGUGUGUUGGUUAUCUUACGAAUCCUUAUCUGCCAUUGGAUUGCUUUCCAGGUAUAAACACCUUUAAAGGUCAAUACUUUCACAGUCGACAGUAUAAACAUCCAGAUAUAUUUAAGGACAAGAGAGUGCUUGUGGUUGGAAUGGGAAAUUCUGGUACUGACAUUGCUGUAGAGGCCAGUCACGUGGCAAAAAAGGUGUUCCUCAGCACCACCAGAGGCUCAUGGGUGAUCAGCCGGGUCUUUGACUCAGGAUACCCAUGGGACAUGGUGUUCAUGACACGAUUUCAGAACCUGAUCAGAAAUUCUCUCCCAACUUCAAUUGUGAAUUGGUUGGUGGCAAGAAAGAUGAACAGCUGGUUCAAUCAUGCAAAUUAUGGCUUAGCACCCAAAGACAGGAUGCAACUUAGAGAGCCAGUGCUAAAUGAUGAGCUCCCAGGACGUAUCAUCACAGGGAAAGUUUGUAUUAGGUCAAGCGUAAAGGAGGUGAGGGAAAACUCUGUUGUAUUUGACCAUGUCCACAACGCCCCGAAUGAAGAGCCCGUCGAUAUCAUUGUCUUUGCUACUGGGUACACGUUAGCUUUUCCCUUCCUUGAUGAGUCUGUAGUGAAAGUCGAAGAUGGCCAAGCGUCACUGUACAAGUAUAUCUUCCCUGCACAUCUGCAAAAGCCAACCUUGGCCUUUAUUGGCAUCAUCAAACCCCUGGGCUCCAUAUUACCCACAGGAGACACUCAAGCUCGAUGGGCCAUUCGCGUCAUUAAAGGAAUGAUUAAAUUACCACCAACAAGUGUCAUGAUAAACGAAGUUAAUGAAAGGAAGCAAAACAAGCACACUGGGUACGGCUUGAACUACUGCAAGGCUUUAGAGACCGAUUACAUCACAUACAUAGAUGACCUCCUGACCUCUAUGGGUGCAAAGCCCAACUUGUUCUCUCUGCUCCUGACUGAUCCACUGCUGGCUUUGGCCAUGUUUUUUGGCCCAUAUACACCGUACCAGUUUCGUUUGACUGGCCCAGGAAAAUGGAGUGGAGCCAGAAAGGCCAUCAUGACACAAUGGGAUCGAGCACUCAAGGUCACCAAAACUCGAAUUGUGCAAGACUCACCAUCUCCAUUUGAAGGUCUGCUUAAACUCUUCGCCAUCCUGGCUUUGUUUGUGUCUGUUUUCCUGAUUUUCCUAAAGUAAGGUAGACUUAAAAAUGCUCUGACUCUCCUCUUACAACGAAACUGCUUUUGUGGUUGGGAGCCAUACCAAGAUGAGGGAAGCCAUCCCUCCUUUUCCUGGUGGGUCCCAGAGUUACCAGUACUACUUCUAAAUCCUUCCUAGCUUUACCUAUAGCAAAUGGUAGAAGAUGAUGACCAAGAUAAGCUGUGUUCCUAGAUUUCAACUAAAAUCCCUGCCUCAAAAAGAUUGGAUUGUACUAAAAUAAUGCCUUUGUUAUAUUGGCAGGCUGAAAAUUAAAAACUGAAAAAUA